CACCGAGUCGUACGCCUGACUUUCUCCUUGACUAUCUGGCAUAACUUAACAGGGCCCCAGUUUCUGAUUUUGAAAGGUUCACCAUUGAUAUGAGUGACAUAUCUGUUGCACAAGUUGGCAAACUUCCUGUCUGGCGGCCCUUGGCAAUAGCACCUCAGCUCAUUGAUAGAAUUGUACAACACGUAAUUCAAUCCCGUGCCCAUUUGCCACAUGCGAGCAUGAUAAGAACCAGCCUAGGUCUUCGCGGCUGCUAGUCUUCUCACACGUCUCAUCCCCCACAACUGACGGAGGUUUCUGAAAGGUUCGCCGUUGGUCCGGGCUCGGAAAACAUGUUGUUCUCUUACUUGUCGCACCGUCGCACCUGUCGCGAUAAGCAACGAGAGCGAGCAGAACGAAUCGCAUCCCUCAAACCCAUCUACCAUGAGCCUCUAACUUCCCAAGACAAAGAGAUUCUGUCUCGCUCAGUUUCGUCUCUGGUGGCUGCCGUGCAAACAUCAUCCCUGUCUCCAUCCGACAUCCUCGUGGCCUACUCCAAGAAGGCCCUUCAGGCGCAUGCUCAGACAAACUGCCUGACUGAGGUCAUGAUUGCCUCUGCAGAGAAUUGGGCAAGCACUGCGAACCGAUCAGGUCCGUUGGCAGGCGUCCCAGUCUCUCUCAAGGACCUGGUAAGCGUGAAGGGUUGGGAUUCCUCCAUGGGAUACUCGGCUCUUGUAGGCAAACCUAUGGCUGCCGACGGCGCGCUGGUGAGGUUGUUGCGGGACGCAGGUGCCGUUCCAUACGUCAAGACGAAUGUCCCCAUGACUAUGCUCUCAUUGGAGUCGACGAACGAUGUUUUCGGUUCCACAGACAAUCCUCACAAGAAGGGCUACACCUCAGGAGGCUCUUCAGCAGGUGAAGCUGUACUCCUUGCGCUCGGUGCAGCCAGACUCGCGAUAGGGACAGAUGUCGCGGGGAGCGUUCGGGCUCCUGCGCACUUCUCCGGUGUCUAUUCUAUCAAAUCAAGUAUGUAUAGAUUCUUGAAGCAAGGCAGCGCGUCCAGUAUACCUGGCCAGGAAGGGGUUCCUGCAACACAUAGUCCUAUGACCAGAACGUUGGAAGAUCUAGAGACGUUCUGGCGAGCUGUGUUCCAGAUGAAGCCUUGGAACUACGACUACUCGGUUCUUAGAAUUCCGUGGAGAGAUGUCAAACUUCCGGAAGAUCGCCCCAUUAGGUGGGGCGUCCUGUGGGAUGACGGGGUUGUGAGACCCUCACCUGCCUGCGCGCGAGCAUUGAAAACGGUUACUGCGAUACUCGAGAAGAACGGCCACGAAGUUGUCACUCUGAAGUGCCCGAGCCCAUACGAAGGCCUUCAAAUCGCGUCACAGCUCCUCCUUGCUGAUGGCGGCAAGACGGCUUCCAAGAACCAUCACGCAUUUGAGUCCAACGAUGCUGGAAUGACAUCAGCGUUCCGGGGCCUUCGUCUCCCCUACUUCGUCAUAAAGCUCUAUGCUUGGUAUUACCGCUACAUACGUCGCGAUCCCAUCUAUGCCGGUCUGAUCGACACCCAUUACGAGAAAACCAUAGCAGAAUUCUACGCCUUGAUUGCGCGAAGGGAGGACUACCGUUCUCGCUGGUUCAAAGUCUGGCGGGACGCGGAGGUCGAAGGCCGUCAGGGCGAUGAGGGAGUUGACUUCAUCCUCACAGUGCCAAACAGUCUUCCUGCUGUUCCUCACGGAGGGAUGAGGCACGGGUGGAAAGCAUGUGGGUACACGUUCUUAUUCAAUCUGCUUGAUUACAGUGCGGGGGUAAUGCCGAUCACGCAUGUGGAUGCGACGGCUGAUGCUCUCCCGCGUACUUUCCGCGCACGAAACGCCAUCGAACGGAACUACUACCGGAUGUAUGAUGCAAGUGCCAUGGAAGGUCUCCCGAUUGGGGUGCAGAUUGUAGGAAGACGGCUUGAAGAGGAGCGUGUCCUGGAGGGCAUGAAAUUGAUUGAACGCCUGUUAAGGGAGGCUGGGGCUGGCUAUAUCGGUUUGCCGUUGUAGAAAUGUGAUUGUGCCAAUCCUGAUAUGUAUAUCAUCCUAUUCCAUUGUACAGAACUGAAUGCAACGUUUGCGGAAAGAGAGACACGUAUCAUGACGCAAUCUGAUAAAAGGCAGAC